CUCCUUUUCACUUCUGUUGCUGCUAAAAACACCAAGCACACAAAAUCCAGCUCAGACUGGCCGAGCUGCCCCAGUGUGGACGAUGCUGCGCGUGUCUCUGAGUUUUUUCUCCAUCAUCAUUUUUGCGCUGGGCCCCUGUAGAGCCUCUGAAGUGAUCUAUCAGAUGCCCAGGAUCCGAGUGCAGCAGCUGAUGGAGAAACCGUCUGGAGAACCAGGGCAGAGUCUCCUCAGCAGUCCGUCUGAGUUCAGGAACAGGUGCCAGUUCACUGUAUGGAAGGCGGUUUCCUGUCAGACGCACAACGGGACGGAGACUGUGGUCCAGCGGCGCUUCCAAACCUGCCGAUGGCCCGGGCCGUGCCAAAACCUCAUCAGCUACAGGACGCUGGUCAGACCCUCAUACAGAGUGACCUACAGACUGGUCACUGCACUGGAGUGGCGAUGCUGUCCAGGUUUCCAUGGCGACGACUGUAGAGAAGAGUGCCUAAACUGCACAAAUCAGUCUGAAAUCAGUGAACGGCUGAACAACAUUGAAUUCAAGGUGAAGUCACUCAGAGACACCAAAGCCCCUCCUCUCCCAUCAAUCAGCCAAUCAGCUGAGAGAUCCAUGCAUAAUGAAGUGGACAAGUUCCACCCCUCACCUUUCACACCUGAUUCUAUUGGACAGCCAGUGCUGCGGGGCCCCCCGGGGCCAGCAGGGCCCCCUGGAGCAACUGGACCCCCGGGCCCUGCAGGAGAGCCAGGUCUCAGAGGGAAAUUAGGCCCUGCAGGACCCCAAGGAGAGAGAGGACCACCCGGACCACCGAGUCGCUUCCCCUUCUCUGUUAGAGGAGAUGUGUUCACACUGACCGCCAGACAGAAUGGACAGUAUGAUGAUGGCUCCUUCUCGGAUCGUUUUGGCGGCAGAGUGUUGCUCAGUCCCCCAGGACCAUCUGGACCUCCAGGACCUCCAGGACCUGCAGGACCACCAGGACGCCCUGGUGCUCCAGGACAAAAGGGGGCGUCAGGCUUCUCGGGACAUCCAGGCCUUAAGGGCUCCAAGGGAGACAAUGGAGAACAGGGGCCUCCAGGGGGCGCUGGAAGGCCAGGCAGGCCGGGCACUCCUGGUCUGAAGGGCGACCCGGGUGAGAGUAACACAGAGGUGCAGCAGCUGAAGGUGGCGCUGAAGAUCCUGGCUGAGAGGGUUCUGAUCCUGGAGCACAUGAUCGGAGUUCACGACUCUGAUCUGGAGUCAGGCUCUGGAAUCGACCUGUUCAUGAACAGAGUGCCCACUGCUAAAGCUACAACCUCUGAACAGGACGAGUCCGCUUUAAUCUCCAACAGUGCCCAGUUCAGAGUGAGGAGGGCGCAGUAAACAGCCAUGGCCAGCAGGUGGCACCUCAUCCCCUUAAUCUACACUGAAAAAUGUGGUGCAUUGAAUACAGCAUUGAAUAAAAUCCAAUAAAACGAGUUACAUCAGCUCAGUUAUUGCUAAAAGUAUGUAAACGAAGAGCUGGCUACAAUAAACAAGCGGUCAUAUCUACCAAAGGGGAUGUUACUAAGUACUGAUUAAUAGGGUGUCCAAACUUUUGCCUCGCCACAAAGGCUAUUGUAGUUUUUCUUUUCAUGUUAAUAAAACUGAAAGUAACUAUGCAUCUUAAAAUGUUCCAUUUAAAAUAGUUUAUUACAGUUUGUGUUUCUUUCUUUUCAUUUAAAAAAUCAACAAAUUAUGUCUUUUUUCGAGGAAUGCCCAAAAUUUUGCAUACAGAUUUAAAUGUGCUCAUUUCUCAUAUGAUGAAUUUCCAUAAAUGGCUCAUUUUUUGCAUUUUAUAGAGCAGUUUUAUAUUGUGUUUUACUGAAGUGAGAAUAUUGUGUAGUGCUGAUGUUCCUCACUGAUAUUUCAGCUUUUUCAAAACUAAAACUUUUUUAAAAAGACUAACUAUACAACACUAUACUGGUUGAAGAUCAACAUAAAAGUGUUUAUUUUCUCCUCGAGGGAAUCAGUUUACAGUAGCAUGCUUGUUUCAUAAAUUAAAUGAGUUGGAGUUCUUCAUGAACUGCUGUGUGCAGUUGUCAGCAUUAACCGUGAUGAAGUCAAAUUCAAUGUGAAAGCUUUUUAUUUUCAUUAUUUUUGUUUAUUGCUGUUUCAUUAGAUUGUUAGAUAUAUAUUUUAAACCUGAAUAAGGGCUUUGGGCUUUACCAUGUGUUUAUUAUUUUCAUUAUUUGUGCUUGCAUUGCCUAUUCAUCAUAUUAUUAGCUGUAUUAUUAGGUAAUUCAUUGGCAAUGGCCCUGCAACACCUUAGCAACC